UUCCAGAUGGAGUCCUAGGGCGCUGACUGCUCCCCAGUUUCCGUAGGGAAGCACCAGGCUACCGCGGCUAUUGUGCGUAGCGCUGUUGCCCUCCUCUUCCCGCUGCCGCUGCCGGGUUGUUGGUGGAAAGCUACGUUUCCUUGCCGCUGGGUUUAACCCUUUAAGCACCAAAACCGACAGCCCGCUGGCUCCCCGGAACGAGUAGGCGGUCUCCGCAGCUGCCGAAUUGUGGGCGACGAGCCCCGAAGACCCGAGGAAGAUAGCCGAAGGGAGCCCGUGUUCUCGGUUGGUCUCGGGCUUGGGGCUCGGCCAGCGUGAGGCAGUGGCAUUGGCUUUAAGAAGGGGGAGGGGAGGCGCGGUCCGCCGCUCGGGGAGCCGGGGAAGGAAGCCUAGGCUGGCUUGGGAGAGCAGAGGCGGCCCCCCGCGCCCGUGCUCUCCCCGCCUCCACCCUGGGCCGCCCAGGACUCAGCGCUGCGCUUCGGGGAGGCGAUGACCAGGGGGCGUGCUGCUCGCUAGGCUGCACCCUGCCGGCGUCAGAAGGCGUUGGUAAGCCUUCCCGGUCAGCCGCAGCCACCACCGGACUACGCGCUCCUGCUACACACCAGCGGGCGCUCCCAAGAGUUUCAUUGGAACAGUCCCUCCGCUAUCGUAACCAUGGGGCAUCCCCCGCUGGAGUUCAGCGACUGCUACCUCGACAGCCCCGAUUUCCGCGAUAGGCUCAAGUAUUAUGAACAGGAGCUGGAGAGGACCAAUAAAUUCAUCAAAGACGUGAUCAAAGACGGCAGCGCGCUUAUCAGCGCUAUGAAAAAUUACUCUUCUGCGGUUCAGAAAUUUUCCCAGACACUGCAGUCGUUUCAGUUUGAUUUCAUCGGGGACACUCUGACCGAUGAUGAGAUUAAUAUUGCGGAAUCAUUCAAGGAAUUUGCUGAAUUGCUCAAUGAAGUAGAAAAUGAGAGGAUGAUGAUGGUACAAAAUGCUAGUGACUUGCUGAUCAAACCCCUGGAAACUUUUCGGAAGGAACAAAUAGGUUUCACAAAGGAGAGGAAGAAGAAAUUUGAAAAGGAUGGUGAGAGGUUUUACUCAUUACUGGACCGGCACUUACAUCUGUCAUCCAAAAAGAAAGAGUCUCAGUUGCUAGAGGCAGACCUCCAGGUGGAUAAGGAAAGGCACAAUUUCUUUGAGUCCUCUCUUGAUUAUGUCUAUCAAAUCCAGGAAGUUCAAGAAUCCAAGAAGUUCAAUAUUGUGGAGCCAGUCUUGGCCUUUCUUCACAGCCUCUUCAUUUCCAACAGCUUGACUGUGGAGCUCACGCAGGAUUUCCUCCCAUACAAACAGCAGCUGCAGCUCAGUUUACAGAAUACAAGAAAUCAUUUCUCCAGUACCCGAGAAGAGAUGGAAGAACUUAAGAAAAGGAUGAAAGAAGCUCCCCAGACAUGCAAACUUCCAGGACAGCCAACCAUUGAAGGCUAUCUCUACACACAGGAGAAAUGGGCUCUGGGGAUCUCGUGGGUGAAAUACUACUGCCGCUAUGAGAAGGAGACCAGGACACUCACCAUGACACCAACGGAACAGAAGCCAGGUGCUAAGCAGGGCCCUGUGGACUUAACUUUGAAAUAUUGUGUGAGAAGGAAGACAGAGUCGAUUGACAAGAGGUUCUGUUUUGAUAUAGAAACUAAUGAGAGACCAGGAACCAUCACUCUGCAGGCGCCUUCAGAAGCCAAUAGAAGGCUAUGGAUGGAGGCCAUGGAUGGGAAAGAACCUAUCUACCACAGCCCUAUAACAAAACAGGAAGAAAUGGAGCUGAAUGAAGUGGGGUUCAAGUUCGUUAGGAAGUGCAUCAAUUUUAUUGAGACCAAAGGGAUCAAGACAGAAGGGUUGUACCGAACAGUGGGCAGCAACAUCCAGGUUCAGAAGCUGCUUAAUGCCUUUUUUGAUCCAAAAUGCCCAGGAGAUGUCGAUUUUCAUAAUAGUGACUGGGACAUUAAGACAAUCACAAGCUCCUUAAAAUUCUACCUCAGGAAUCUUUCAGAACCUGUCAUGACUUAUAAGCUUCACAAAGAGCUCGUCUCUGCUGCCAAAUCUGACAACCUGGAUUACCGUCUGGGAGCUAUUCACUCCCUAGUAUAUAAGCUACCAGAAAAGAACCGGGAGAUGCUGGAACUUCUAAUCAGACACUUGGUAAAUGUGUGUGAGCACAGCAAAGAGAAUCUUAUGACACCUUCCAAUAUGGGGGUGAUCUUUGGGCCCACCCUGAUGAGAGCUCAAGAGGACACUGUGGCUGCUAUGAUGAACAUCAAAUUCCAGAACAUUGUGGUAGAAAUCCUGAUUGAACACUUUGGCAAGAUAUAUUUAGGUCCACCUGAGGACAGCCAAGUACCUCCAGUGCCUCCACCUCGAGUGACAGCAAGAAGGCACAAACCAAUCACAAUCUCGAAGCGUUUGCUGAGAGAAAAGACAGUGUUCUAUACUUCUUCCCUGGAUGAAAGUGAAGAUGAAACCCAUCAAACUCCUAAUGGUACAAUCACUAGCAACCUGGAUCCCCCCAAACUACCGCAGCACCUCAGACUACCCAUUCAGAAAAGUGGGGAAACUGAUCCUGGAAGAAAGUCCCCAAACAGACCUGUUUCUGACUGCCAGUCCGAGCCCAGCCCAGAGGUGGAUGUGGGGAAGUUGGUAUUUAGGUUGCAGGAUGGAGGGACCAAGACUACUCCAAAGGCCACUAAUGGACCUGUGCCAGGCUCUGGACCCACAAAGACUCCUUCUUUCCAUAUAAAGAGACCAGCUCCCCGGCCAGUGGCUCACCACAAGGAAGGAGAUACUGACUGUUUCAGCAAAGUUCGGCCCCCAGGAGAAAAGCAAACAAUCAUCCGUCCUCCAGUGAGGCCCCCAGACCCUCCUUGUCGGGCCAGUACUUCACAAAAGCCAGAACCAAAGCCAGAUACUGUGGCUGGCAAUGCAGGGGAAAUCCCAUCAUCUGUGGUGGCAUCCAGGACCAGAUUCUUUGAAACAGCAUCCCGGAAAACUGGAAGUUCUCAAGGAAAACUUCCUGGAGAUGAGAGCUGAGGCCACAGGUUUGAAAGGACUUGGCCUUGAGGGACCCUUUCCAGGUCGUGAAAGGGUCUACUUCAAACCCUUGUGAGCUAUUUGGUGCUGAAGAGCAGUUCAUUUCUGGCCCUUGUGCCUUCAGUGUCUGGGAAGCUAUAAAAUAAGGAGCACAUGUCUUAGACACGUGUUUGUUUCUCCUUUGUAUUCUGUCUUCAUCUCCCCAGAAUGUCUGUUGUGAGCAGCUCCUAGGAUACUGGAUGGCUGGAUUCUCUCAAGCUCCAAACUCUACUGAAGUGAAAAUACCCACUGACCUGUAUUAAAGAGGGAAACCUAGUUUUCCACUCUUCUCUGAA